GUUGUGGCCCAAGGAGGCACCCAAGGCUGUAAGAAACUUCGUUCAGCUGGCCAUGGAGGGUUACUAUGACAACACCAUCUUCCACCGGAUCAUCAAGUCUUUCCUGGUCCAGGGCGGAGACCCCACUGGUACCGGCACCGGACUUGGUGACGGGGCAGAAGAUUGGGAUUGGUUCGGCUAUUGAAGGACUCUACAGAUUGCCCGUGCAGGUUGCGUCUGCUCUUAUUUCAGCCACUAGUGGACAGUUGUCUGGCAUGGAGGACAGAUCUACCAUUAUGCGAUGGCACAAGCGGCUUGGUCAUCUUCCGUUUCCGUUGAUUAAGAAGUUGUUUCCUAGGCUUUUCCAUUUUGUUUCUAUGGACUCAUUCACCUGUGAAGUGUGUCAGUUGGCUAAACAUGUUAGGGCUUCGUACCCUAUUUCUUUCAAUAAAACCACUCGUCCAUUUGCUUUGGUUCACUCUGAUGUUUGGGGUCCUUCGGGAGUACCCACUUGUCGUGGUUUUUAUUACUUUAUGACUCUUAUUGAUGACUACUCCCGUUGUACGUUCGUGUACCUGUUGAAAGAACGUAGUGAAGUUCCUGUUAUUGUCAAAAAAUUUGUGGCUUUUGUUGAGACUCAGUUUCAGACCUCUGUUCAGGCUUUCCGCACUGAUAAUGCUAGAGAGUAUGUCUCUCAAUCCCUAGAUGAUUUCUUGAAGAGCAAGGGUAUUGUUCAUGAAACGUCCUGUAGUUACACACCUCCCCAAAAUGGCGUGGCUGAACGGAAGAAUCGUCAUUUAUUGGAUGUCACCCGGGCUCUUAUGUUCCAUGGCAGGUUCCUAAGCGCUACUGGGGUGAUGCACUUCUCACUAGUGCCCACCUUAUUAACCGUAUGCCUACCAGUGUGUUGCAGGGUCAUUUCCCGUAUUCUAUGCUUUGGCCUACUCAGAAUCCCUGGCCUCUUACCCCUCGGGUGUUCGGGUGUGUCUGUUUUGUUCAUAACCAUAGUCCCACCCUCAAAAAACUUGACCCUCGGUCUAUCAAGGCGGUCUUCCUGGGGUAUUCCUCCACUCAGAAGGGAUACAAAUGUGUUGAUCCUACUACUUCUAAAGUCUAUGUCUCCCGGGAUGUUACUUUUCAUGAACAUGAGGCAUACUUUCCUGUGAAUCCUCUUCAGGGGGAGUGUCUAGGGAAUAGUAGUGAAGAGUAUUCCUCAAAUCUGUUGAUUCAGUUUAUGGAUUUCUUGGAUUACAAGGCUAGUCACAGUGUGAUAGACACAGUCAGCGAUAACACUGGUAGUGAUGAUAGAGGCAGUCACAUGGAUGGGGACCUUGUUGAUAAUCAGUCCACAGCCCGUGAUCACUUGUUUGGCCAGGUGUACACCAGGAAGAAGACAGAUGUGGUUGAGAAUAUUGAUGUAACCAAUCCCAAUCCUGUAAGUUCCACGGAUGAACCAAGUCCAAUCAAUGAAGAGCUUCCUAUAGACUUGCGUAAGGGCACCAGGUCAUGUACUUCUCAUCCUAUUCAGAGAUUUGUUUCUUAUGCGAAACUUAGUAAGGAUUAUAAAUGCUUUAUUACAUCCCUGUCUAAGUCUGUGAUUCCUAGGUGUGCGGAAGAUGCUAGAGAGGAUCCUAAAUGGCUACAGGCCAUGACAGAGGAGAUGGAUGCCUUGGCGAAGAAUGACACUUGGGACGUAGUUGAUAUUCCCAAGGGGACUCAUUUAGUUGGUUCCAAGUGGGUGUUCAAUGUGAAGUACAAACCGGAUGGUACUGUGGAAAGGUAUAAGGCUCGUCUUGUUGCAAAGGGGUUCAUCCAAAAAUAUGGUAUUGAUUAUCUUGAAACCUUUGCCCCUGUCGCCAAACUGAAAACUGUGAGGGUCAUCUUAGCACUUGCCGUGCAAAAAAAGUGGAGCAUGGAUCAGCUUGAUGUCAAGAAUGCUUUCUUGAAUGGCCAUCUAGAAGAAGAGGUCUACAUGAGCAUGCCUCCUGGAUAUGCUCAAAGCGGAAAAUGUUGUCAUAUCAAGGAAGCCUUGUAUGGAUUAAAGCAGUCUCCUAGAGCAUGGUUUGAAAGACUGAGAAUAGUGAUGAAGACUAAUGGAUACAAACAGGGAAAUGGUGAUCACACCCUAUUAAUUAAGCAUAGAAAUGGCCUGGUAAGUCUUCUUCUUGUUUAUGUUGAUGAUAUGAUAGUCACAGGUGACGAUGAAGAAGAGAAAAGGAAGAUGAAGGAGAGGUUAGCUGCCGAAUUUGAUCUUAAAGAUCUGGGUAAACUGAGGUACUUUCUGGGAAUAGAGAUUGCUCGGUCAGAGACGGGGCUUGUUAUGAGCCAAAGGAAAUACACUCUGGAUCUUUUAAAGGAGACAGGUAAACUUGGAUGUAGGCCCUUUCUAACUCCAAUGGAAUCUGGUACAAAGAUAAACAUCAAAACUGGCAACAUCCUGGAUGAGGAAGGAAAAGGGCGGUAUCAGAGGUUGGUUGGUAAGCUCAUCUAUCUUACUCUUACUCGCCCUGAUAUUACUUAUGCUGUGAAUGUGUUGAGUCAGUUUAUGCAUGCUCCAACUGACUGUCAUUGGAAGAGUGCAAAAAGAGUGUUGGGAUACCUAAAAAAUGACCCAGGGAAAGGAUUACUAUAUACUCAGCAAGACCAACUUAAUAUUGAAGGAUACUCUGACGCAGAUUGGGCAGGGUGCACUAAUACUAGGAGGUCUACCACAGGGUACUGCAUCUUUCUGGGGGGUAACCUGGUUGUAUGGAGAAGUAAAAGGCAGGAAGUUUGCUCUAGAUCCAGUGCUGAGGCUGAAUACAGGGCUGUUGCUAUGGGAGUUACAGAAAUGUUAUGGUUAAAGAUUCUUCUAGCAGAUAUUGGUGUUGAAACGGAAGAGAAGAUGAAGAUGUACUGUGACAACAAGUCUGCGAUUAACCUUGCAAAUAAUCUCGUCCUGCAUGACAGAACUAAACAUGUGGAGAUUGAUCGCCACUUCAAACGGGAAUGCAUAGAUUCAAAGGAGUUGAUCCUGCCGUAUAUGAAGUCUGAAGAUCAAAUUGCAGAUGUUUUAACCAAAGCCUUAUGUACAUCUCAAUUCGAGAAAAAUGUGAGCAAGCUUGGCAUGUUUGACAUGUAUGCCAAGCUUGAGGGGAGUGUUAGAAUAUCUUGUAUAGGGAACCGGGUCUAGAUAUGGACCCGGUCCAUGGGCGCAGGUACCGAGAGUG